CAAGACAGGACACAACUAUCUCCUUCCUCUUAUUAAUUUCGUGUCUUGGUAAUCCGCGUCUCUUCUCCUUCCUCCUCUCUCUUCAAUCUCUUCGUUGUGAAUCUGAAGGCAGAGACCUCGAUCACUCAUACGCGCCACCGUCACCGCCACACCUGGAAAAAUUAGGGGAGAGCAAAGAUUUAAAGGAGUAUCGCAUAUACCACAAGAGAGGCCAAGUGCAUUAUACUUGAUUGCUAAUAGGAAGUAAAGAAAGUUUUGGACGACUCUCUAUGGCUCCUGGUGGCAAUACUUACAAAGAAGCCUUGGAGUCUAACACGACAGGCUUAUCUUACGAGGUUAAGAUGCCUAAAGUAGAGGCUAAUAACAAACCAGCCAAAUCAGGUAGUAGUGGCUUCAUUGGAAAAUAUGGAAUCCAUUCAAGCAAUGGUGUUUACGAGCUUCUUGAAUGUCUAGUUUGCACAAAUCUUAUGUAUCCUCCAAUCCAUCAGUGUCCCAAUGGCCACACAUUAUGUUCAAGCUGCAAACAAAAAGUACAUAACACGUGCCCUACAUGCCGUUUCGAGCUCGGCAACAUAAGAUGCUUAGCUCUUGAGAAGGUUGCGGAGUCAUUAGAGGUUCCAUGCCGGUACCAAAGCUUAGGGUGUCAUGACAUUUUCCCAUACUACAGCAAGGUCAAGCACGAGCAGCACUGCAGGUUUCGAUCUUACAACUGUCCUUACGCUGGCUCUGAGUGUUCUGUGACGGGAGACAUUCCAACUCUCGUUGAGCAUCUCAAAGAUGAUCAUAAAGUCGAUAUGCAUAGUGGUUGCACUUUCAACCACCGUUAUGUCAAGUCAAAUCCUCAAGAAGUGGAGAAUGCCACGUGGAUGCUCACGGUGUUCAACUGUUUUGGGAGACAGUUCUGUUUACACUUUGAGGCGUUUCAGCUGGGGACGGCACCGGUGUACAUGGCGUUUUUGCGGUUCAUGGGAGACGAGAACGAGGCCAAGAAGUUUAAUUACAGCUUGGAAGUUGGAGCUCACAGCCGUAAGCUGACGUGGCAAGGGAUUCCAAGAAGCAUCAGAGAUAGUCACAGGAAGGUUCGUGAUAGUCAGGACGGACUCAUCAUCCCUAGAAACAUGGCUUUGUACUUUUCUGGUAGUGACAUAGAGGAGCUGAAGUUGAGAGUCACUGGGAAGAUUUGGAGAGAAGAGUAGAUGAAUGACAAAGAUGAUUCAUGAGGGAAGAGAAGAAAGAUAUAAUAAGCUCUCUAAUGAUGUUUUUUGAUUUGGAAACCGAGAGGGAUGAUGUACAUAGCAGUCUUGAGAGCUAUGAGAUGAAUAUCUCCGGUGAUGUGGUUUGAAAUUAUGCUGUUUUGCGGUUUUACAAAUAUAAAGACAGUUUUCUUUUUGGUUGUUCUUGUAUCAAAAUUGAUUUUUUUUUAAUCUUUAUUGGACCAUACAGUAUGGUUCAUAAUAACUCUUAGUCAUCAA